AUGGCUUCCGAAGAAGACAAUUUUGACAUUGACAUUUAUGGGGAUGGAGAGGGAGACUUGGAAGCGGAACCGGUGCAUAUGGAUUACAAGGUCGAAGAUGAAGAGGAGGAGCAACAUCAAGACCAAGAGCAAGACCAAGAGCAGGCCCAAGUGCAAGUGCAAGAAAACGGUGGAGAAGAAGGGGAACCAAUUGCUGCGGAAGAGACAACAAUCAAGACUGAGCCAGACGAAGACACUCAAGCCUAUCCUCAGGAUUUUUCUCAGGAGCAAGAAACCCCUCAACAUGAGCAGCCCAGCAACAACCAUGCCGGUCCGACACAGCCGGCUCCCUCCCACGGAACGAAGCGUAAAGAGACCUCGGACGAUAGACCGGUCGACCCUGGCGCGACGAACGCACUUAUGAUCUCGGACUUACAUUGGUGGAUCACCGAAGAUGAUAUCCGGGGAUGGGCCCACGAUGCAGAGGCCGAAGAUGAGUUGAAGGAAUUGUCAUUCAGCGAACACAAGGUCAACGGCAAGAGCAAAGGCCAAGCAUAUCUCGAGUUCUCCUCGCCUCAAGCGGCAACUGCAACCAAACAUCAGAUUGAAAAUGCCGGAGGAAAUCAACCAGGCUCUCGUAAACACUCUGUCGUAUACACCGCCGCCACCCAGAAUCCCUUCAAAACACUCCCCAAGGAGCCAUCGAGGGCAAGAGAGGAACGACCACCCGUUCGCGGCUCUUUCCACUCCGCGCCGCGUGCAGACCACGGAUACGGAGCGCCCAAUCAUGGGUAUCGCGGCGGCCGGGGAGGAGGGUUCAAUCGCGGAGGCUACAAUGCGCACAACCAAUACAACCGCAACUUUGCGAGUCCGAUGGGAGGCUUCAACAACAACAAUACCAACAAUAUGGCGUUUCAAGGUAACAUGGGCAUGGCCAACAAUUAUGUCCCCUUCAACCGGGGUGGAAUGAUGGGGAACCCGAUGCGCGGCAAUAUGGGUGGCAUGCGCGGGAACAGAGGCGGCAUGAACAGUAUGAUGCCCAUGGGAGGCAUGGGCAUGGGUAACAUGGCCAUGAAUCCGAUGAUGGCUGGAAUGGGCAUGACAGGUUGGUUUGAAUCGACCACUCUCGAGGUACUCAUCGACUGA